UGCGAGCGGGGAGAGGAGCCGAGACCCCCUCAGACUGCGAGGAGCCGGCGGGAUCGGCCAGGCGGCUGCAGCCCUGCGCGGAGCCGGAGCCGCUGAUUGAUUAUUUUCUAUUGCGGUGCCCGCGUUGUGUGUCUGUCUGUGGCUCCGCCAGGGAGGGAAUAACCCAUCCGGAGGCUGGAUCCAGGCAGCAGCGCAACAUUCCUGCCAAGAGGCCUGAUGAAAUGCACCCUGAGGUACUUAAAGAAGUAGCUGAAACAAUCUCGGAACCGUUAGCUAUUUUCUUCGAGAACUCAUGGAAGAUGGGUGAGGUCCCAGACGACUGGAGAAAGUGGCUACACCAUCUGCAGAGGCUUAUGAGUCAGCUACUGCCUCAGCUCACCCUUCACUCCAGUAGUAGAGGCUCAUGCUUUUAAAGCCAGAGGUCUUGGGUCGAGCUCUGCAGCAAGUCAACCUGGGCAAUGAUUACACCAGCACAUGCACCACUUAAAAUCCCUGACAACCCCGGUGUGAAAGAGUUCCUGUCCCAGGACCCAUCCGCUGAGCCCUUUCUUGCUCAGUCAGCUGAGAGCUCUAGCUGGGAAGAAAUGAGGCAGUGGUUUGUCGGUGUCUCGCUUUGCGAUGAUCUCAUCUGUCGGAGUUUGUUGCAGCAGCAGCUGCUAACCACUAUUUCCCAGCAGGGCUUGGCAGGCACUUCGCUACCCCGGGCUCAUCAAGCAAAAGAACAAACGAGUAGAGGAGCUUUGGAGUGUUGCCAGCCAGUGCAAAUAACCAGACCCGUGAGUGUGCUGUGAUAACAGGGGACACUUGGGAGCGUAGGAGUUGCUGUAUCGCAGCCGACCUUUAGACCUAAGCUGGCUCGCCAAAUGCCACUGACUCGUGCCUCAACUUCACCUCUGAGUUGCCAUGGCCAAGUUAGAGACUCUGUCUGUUCUUAGUGACUCAAGCUACCAGAGCCAGGACACUUUCCACUCGUUUGCCUCCAGGCCCUCUGAAUCUGCCUCCCAAAACACUAUGGGAAGCGUGGGCAGCGGAGUCGCCAAUGAGCAAGAGUUUGCGAUGAAGAGCGUGGGAACCAGGACUCAGAGCAGCAGCAGGCAGGCUGAUGGCUCGCGGAAUGGCUAUUCCACGCGGGAGAUCUCUAACCGUUACUCUGGGGAGGAGAAGACUUACAAGUCAGAGAAGACCUCUAACUCCCUCUACAUCAACGGGGACUUGCGCAAAAGUGAGAAGAUGAAGACAGACAUUUGUGGGAACGUUACCACCAACAACGAGAAAAACCUGCCACCUCCUCCCCAGUACAGAGAACCCAGUAACCCACCAAAGAUAUUGCCAGUCUCUGGCAAAUUGGACCAGAGCAAUGAGCCCUUAGUUAGACCUUCAGCCUUUAAACCAGUAGUUCCUAAAAACUUCCAUUCCAUGCAGAAUCUCUGCCCGCCGCAGAACAAUGGAAUAACAGAGAACAGAAAGAGCUUGAAUCACACCAACAGCAAUAGCCCGUCUGCAGGCAAAAGCGGACUGGAGAAGACCAGCCUUAAUAGGACUACAAACCAAGUGGGAGGUCUUUCCGAUUCCGGCCGUAACUCUUUGACGAGCUUGCCCACUUACGGGACGGGCUACAGUCAGCACGUUGGCCCAAUGAGUGCUUCAACUAGUCACAUAAACCGCAUUGGCACAACCUAUGUAGAUAAGAACAUAGUAGGAUACAAUGGAAUAUCUACCUCAGACAGUGGACGGUCUUCAAGCAAGAGUACUUCUUCUUUCAAUAGGCUCAACCAUCUGAACGAAACAAUGCCUUUCCAUUCCCCCUCGACAGAUGACGUUAUCCAGGACCUGGAGGACAGGCUGUGGGAGAAGGAGCAGGAGGUCCUGCAGAUGAGAAGAAACCUGGACAAAAGCGAGGCUGCCAUCUUCCAAGUGUUUGAGGAGAAGCAAAAGAUCUGGGAACGUGAAAUGGAGGAUCUCAGGCAAAAUUAUGCAAAUAAACUGCAGCAGGUCUCCAAGAAGGCCCAGAGAGCUCAACAGGCCUUGCAGCUCCAGAUCUUCAAGCUCCAGCAAGAGAAAAAAAAGCUCCAGGAUGAUGUGGGGCAACUUCUCCAGCAGCGAGAAGAGCUGGAGAAAAAAUUUGUGGCUUUCAAGAAAGAACAGGCUGAGUUUCUUCCCAAGAUUGAAGAAACCAAGUGGGAGGUGUGCCAGAAAGCUGGUGAGAUCUCACUCCUCAAGCAACAACUGAAGGAUUCGCAAGCUGACGUCUCUCAGAAACUGAAUGAGAUAGUGGGGCUGCGGACUCAGCUCAAAGAAGGUAAGACCUUCCUGAGAGAGAAGGAAGAGCAGAUCACCACCCUGAAAGACUCCUACAGCUCCAAGACUGUCAACCUGGAGAUCUGUGAGAAUGAGCUGCAGAGAAAGAUGAAUGAGGUGCAGAUGCUAAGGGAAAAACUCAAUCACUGUGAGCUGGAGGUCUCUGGCCUGAAGCAGACACUGGCCAGCAUGGGGCACCAUGGCCAUUUCAAUUCAGAGCUCACCGAGAAACUAAGGGAUCCGUUGGCAUGUGAGAGCGAUGAGGCCAAGAUGAAGCGCCAAAACGAGGACAAUGUCAUUGCCCUGAAGAAGGAGGUUGAGCGGCUCCAGACAGAGCUGAAGCUGGAGCGACAGCAGCGAGAGCAGCAGGUGAUGGACUUUGAGGGGGAGCGGCGCACGUGGCAGGAGGAGAAGGAGAAGGUGAUCAAAUACCAGAAGCAGCUACAGCUGAACUACGUGGAGAUGUACCAGAAGAACCAGCUCCUGGAGCAAAAGGUGAAUGAGAUGACCACCAAGGCCACCAGCCCGCCUUACACCGAGGAGAAAAAACCAUGGACUCCAUCCAGGCUGGAGCGAAUAGAGUCCACUGAGAUCUAACAAAGGUCGAUAAAAGUAAUUUUUAUUACUGUGCAUGUACUACCUACUCCAGCCAGUGAUCUUCCUAAGAAUAAUGUGCUAUUUUACCAGAGGUGUGAAUGCACCGAACCCCCCCACCCUUACUUUCUUCCUCAGUGCUCUGUAAGUAAACUAACCGUGGAUGUACAUUGUUAUACUAUUGAUGAUGCUACAUCAGUUUCUCCUAGUACAGCUAGGAAGGGCCCAGGGGCCCUUUAGGAAUCUGCCGUGACUGUUACUUCUCUAUAUGCUGCCAUCCCUUCCACCAUCGUCAAUUCCCCUGCCCUCUGCGUUUGUUUGUUCCCCCCCCCCCCCCCGCGCAUCAGUUCAUGCAGCAAAACAGUGCAAAGUGACAGGGUUUUUCAGGGCAUUUUAGCCACAUUGGCUAAUAGAGCAAAGCUCUUGGGAUCCGAAGAACUGUGCAGUUCAGCACGUCACAGUAUCGAUGAUACUUGUCUGACAGCCUAAUCCAAUGAAGUCAGUAGGAGGUUUGCCAUUGACUUCAGUGAAACCAGGCUUUGACCCUAUUCAAAUAAGUCUCUAUAGCAAAUGCAUCGCUAACAAUUGCCAAGGUCCAUGAUGUCACUAGGGGUUAGAAUAAGCCAGUUGAGGUACAAUGAGCCAACACCAACCGCUGCCCGAAAUGAACCGAGAGUUGCAUUUGAGGUUCCGAAAACAUGCUGUGCUUUCGCUUUGCUAUUUACAUUCAUGUCCCCUCCUGCUUCUUGGCAAUGAUCAGGACUAGAAGCAGAAAUGGCAAAUGGGAGCAAACCCCAGAAUAAGGAAUUCCCAGUAAUACAGGCAGCAAUUCCCCUUCCUCAGGAGAGAUCCCAGAGGACAGAACUUUGACUAAGCUUCAGAGAAGCAUUCAAACUCCUUCCACAUUUAUCCAAACCAGAAAUGAACCUGUGGGGGACGCCAGGUGGCGACACUAUCCCAUUCCCAAAAGAAAGGUGCCAGGGUUGACUUUCCUCUUGCCGUUGUUCCCUGUAGAGGUGAUCUAGUUACAGACGGGCCUCAGGAAACCACCCACACAUUUGCAGACUCUGCUGUGCUAGUGAACAAUCAUCAGCACCAUGGAUAGAUGUGGCAGGAGUUAAGACCCUAGCAUAGGAAGUAACUUGGGCCCCAGUUCAACAGAGGACCCAAGCACUGGAACGGGUUACCUAGGGAGGUGGUGGAAUCUCCUUCCUUAGAGGUUUUUAAGGUCCGGCUUGACAAAGCCCUGGCUGGGAUGAUUUAGUUGGGGUUGGUCCUGCUUUGAGCAGAGGGUUGGACCAGAUGACCUCCUGAGGUCCCUUCCAACCCUGAUAUUCUAGGCAUGUGCCUAAGAUCCAUGCUGAGUGGGGGACGCAGGAAAAUCCUAGGGGCCCAGGUCUGCCUGCAGAUGCGGGUGUACAAUUGCCAAGUCUCACACCUGGACCCAAGGGCAGCAUUCAGCCAUAACUGGGCCUGAUUCUGUCUCCUAAAGAUGUGUGUCACCCUUCCGGAAGUGUAAAGAGGUCUUCAGGUGGGACGCAGUGUGAAGCAGUGGUGUGCGGGAGGCUCCAUGUAACUCAGGAGGAAGCCCAGUGUCCUUUCCAGAGGGAGAGCUAGAAGGAACAAAGAUGCACAGGGUGUCGAAUGAGCAGCGACACAAACCCCUACACAGUGAUUUCAAUGAGAGUUCAGGCCCAAGCAUGUAUUGAGCGAGAGCGGCAGGACGAGACCGGCUCAGCGCGGUGGAAAAAGCAGCCGAGAAAAGACAUGGAAGCUGCUCGUUUUCCAUAUGUCCCCUCAGCUGAGCUCGCACUACGAGCUGGUGGCUCACAAUUCCUCGGGGGGGUUGAACUUUGGUUGGGAUUUAAAACAUCUUGGGGAAAGCCCAGGAUUCAGCAAGCAGGGCUCACGGGAGAAAGGGGAAACUGACCAGUUCUCAGGGAGUUUCAGUCAGUUGUUUUCCCUUUGAGCAGGCACCAGCAGUGACCAGCACGGGCUACGGGUGGUGCUGGUGGAUGACAAUGGUCGCUGUUGCUGUACAAGUGAAGGCUUCUCGCAGGAUGACCCAUCGCAGCCUGUGCUGGGAAACAGCAAUUGAGCGUGAGGGCGCCUCAGUUUCCCCCCUGCUGCUCUUGUGCUAGGGGAGGCAAAGAAAACAUAUUGCAUCCGUCCAGCAAAAACUAAAGCAAAUACCUGUGAAACUGGCUGUCCCAGAGACGAGCCCAAGCCAGCUGCCUCGCAAACGGUGUUUGAUUGAUGGCCAGAUGGCACUGUCCUGGUCUUGGGGUGGGCUGUGUUGGACAAGGAGUAGGCCUGGUGCUUGGAGAUGGGGUGCCCAUACUGAAUAUACAGGGUGGGCCUGGCGCAAAGCGCCGUGGAAAGAGUCUCAUUGACUUAACGGGCUUUGGAUGAGGCCAGAAAUCAGUUGCUGCUCCAUUGAAGUCAGUGGAGUGACUCCAGUAGAACAUCCUUGUGAGAGAGGAGUCAGACUCUGACUGUGGGCCCUGUGUCCCAGUUACGGGAGCGGAAGCACUUAUAGCAGGAGGAAGAUUGACGUCAGUGGGAGCAA